AUGGCGACAACUGCAGUUGCACCAUCCACAUCCGGGUUACCAGUUACAUCCGAUAUACCAGUCACAUCCGGGUUACCACUCACAUCCGGAUUACCAAAAAUGGCGCAAAUAGACAGCAAAGAAAUGUCACCGGAAAUAAAGCUCCGCAACGAGGCUCUCCGGGGGAACACGGAUCUGAUAUGCCCACCUUCCGCCAAGAUCGUGCGUAUCUUCACCAGCAGCACCUUCACGGACACAAAGCACGAACGGAACAUGUUAAUGAGGGAGGCGUACCCGAAGAUCAAAGAACAUUGUCGCAACUUUGGAUACGAAUUUCAGGUAGUGGACAUGCGUUGGGGUGUCCGAGACGAGGCCACGGAUGACCACAUGGGGACUGAACUCUGUCUCAAGGAACUCAGGCUGUGUCAAAAGCUCUCCACCGGGCCCAGCUUCGUUUCACUCCUUUCCCACAAGUAUGGCUAUAUCGCGUUUCCCCGGGUUAUUCUGGCAGAUGAGUUCGAGUCUCUCACGGCGCAGGUCGAGGACCCGGCGACCAUCCGGCUCUUCCUCAAGUGGUAUUCCCGGGACGACAACGCGGUUCCUCCCGCUUACAUCCUCGCAUCCAUCAGCACGCACCUGCCGGAUUUCAUUAGCAAGGAUAGAGACGGGCAGAAAAUCGCCAAAGAGCAAUGGUGGAAGGAGAGCGAGCUCAUGCAGGACGCUCUGGAGUCGGCCGCCACCAGGGUGUUCGACCCGGAAACGGCCCGGAAGUAUAUUAUUUCUGUGACGGAGACGGAAGUGGAGGAAGGUCUGCUCAAGGCGGAGGACUCUAUCGCCAGGCAGGCAAUCUGGCUUCGCCGGAACAUUGAAGACAUAGAUUGCCAAGAGAGCAGCUAUGCACUCUCCAGAUUCACCGAGUGCCUGGGUGCGCAGGAGAAAGUGGAGAAGGCUCACCGGAUGUUGCGGGAACUCAAGGAGCACCGGAUGGAGCGGCGCCUGAACCCCGACCAGAUCUUCCACUACAACGUUCACUGGGUCGGCAGGGAAGGUAUCGAGCCGGAAACCAGCGAAGAGCACCGGAAGUACCUGGCGCGCCUCUGCAAGGACUUCACGGACAACAUGAUAUCCAUGGUAACUCAGGCUAUCCGGAAGCGGAAGCUUCUGCAUGAUCGGCUCACCGAGGAAUGUCUGCAGCACAUCCGUUUGUGCCAGGCCAAGUGCGCGGAGUUCCAUGGACGUACCGAGACGCUGGAGCGGAUCAAAUCCUACCUGCUGGAUACAUCGACAACGGCCCCGCUCGUUGUGCACGGGAUCAGUGGAACGGGCAAAACGUCCAUCCUGGCGAUGUCGGCGAAUCUUUGCAAGACCUGGCUGAACAAGACACCAAAGCUCGUGUUAAGGUUUCUCGGUACAACAGUUGCGAGUUCUUCCGUUCUGCCUCUGCUACAGAGUCUGGUGCAUCAACUGAGUAUGCUGGGUAAUCAACGCCUCCGAAUCGGCCUGACCGUCGACCUUCUAAAAGUUCAGUUGAUGGUCCUUUUAAAGCAAGGCACGGCGGAGUGUCCACUCGUGGUCAUCUUAGACUCGCUUGACCAGCUGGACACCUCACACAAUGGCCGCUCUUUGAUGUGGCUUCCGGCCUCUCUGCCGCCUCACUGCAAGGUCAUCGUAUCAUCACUUCCGGAGGAGAAAUACGAGGCGUUUCCGGCCCUCAAGAAAUUAAUUCCUGACGAGGAAAGGUUCAUACAGGUUCCGGAAUUAGAUCAAAGCGAUGCACACAUCAUAGUUUUGUCGUGGGCGGACAAACGGAACCGGAAGUUGACUUCACACCAGAUUGACAUCCUGCUGAGCACAUUCCGGAAGUGCCCGACACCGCUGUUCUUAAAGUUGUCGUUUGACGAAGCCAUGCUGUGGCGCUCGUUCGACCCCCCAUCACGGACGGUGCUGCAGACGACAGUCCGUACAGCAGUCGACUUCCUGUUCGGUCGUCUAGAGAAACAGCACGGCCGGAUAUUGGUGUGCCGCGCCUUGGCAUAUCUUACCUUAGCCAGUAACGGAAUCACCGAGGCGGAGCUUGAUGAUGUGUUAUCUUGCGAUGAUGACGUAUUAAAUGACGUCUACACCUACUGGACGCCGCCCAUUCGCAGACUGCCACCUCUACUUCUGGUUCGCAUGCGGACGGACAUCGACCAAUAUAUCGUUGAGCGCGGUGCAGACGGUGUACGCGUGUUGAACUGGUAUCACCGGCAGUUUACGGAAGCUGCGCACGAGCGCUACUGCGCAGAUGACGCGCAUAACAAGCGUCUCCAUGGCAACCUUGCUGAUUUUUUCGCGGGAACCUGGGCCAAUGGAACAAAAAAGCCGUACACGAACGCUAAGGGGGAGGUGAUGAAAGAGGACCGCUAUGUGACGUCACAACCACUGCGUUUCGGAGAGAAGGACUACAACAUCCGGGCACUCAACAAUCUGUCCUACCACCGCCUGCACGCGGGUCACGUUGACCUUCUCAAGAAGGAGUGUCUCGCCAACGUGCACUUCUGCGUUGCUAAGUUACACGCACUUCCUGUUGAGGCACUCUUGGACGACUUCACGGCGGCCAAAGCGGCGUUCCCGGGGGAUCUCCUAAUCAGGGGCGUCCUGGAGGCACUGCUUCUCUCCCGGAAAGGGCUGCAGACGGACCCGGACCAAUUUGUGCCGCAGUUACACGGUCGCCUUGAGGACAGCGAGACAACAGCCGAGUUCAAGCAGCGCUUGCGCGAAUACAGCUCUAAAGUGUGGUUCGAGCCCGAUGUCAACAUCCUGGAGCGUCCCGGGGGUCAGCUUCUACACAGCAUCCACGUGCACGCGUCCGACAUUGACAUGAUGACGAUGACGUUAUGUGGCACAUACGUAAUCACAGUCUGUCAGUCGUUGAAGGAGAUCAAAAUCUGGAACAUCAAGGUCGACCCUCCGCGGUUGCUACGCAAAGUGACUGGUAAAGGUCAGUGCACAAAGGUCGCGUUGUGCCAUGGUGACGAGUGGGUCGCCAUGGAAGUGGGCAACGUUAUACAAGUAGAAGAACUCCAAACUGGUAAACACUGUUUGGACAUACCGCUCAAAGGUCGUGAUUCUGCAAAAACGUUCUGUGCUGCUGGUAAACGCAAGAAAACGAUCGUCACGUUAUUUCGAAAACAAAUGAACAUAUAUGACGUCACAAAUGGUAGCCUGAUGCAGACUCUUACAUCAUCAAGUGACGAAGCGAAAUUUGGAGCAAUGAGCAACCCUUCAGGUCGAGACAGAUAUGUUGGAAUGACAAGCGACGAUCAAUACUUCCUGUCUGUCCUUGACCUUGAUUCCAUGACAUUGAUGCCUGCGUGGCGAGGAUUUGAGAAGAUCCCGGACGGAGAAGGCGAGUUUGAAGAACAUGAAAUCGAGGCUUUCGACAUCUCCCCCGACGAAACUUACGUCGUAUACACCACUUUGUUCACCGGCGAAAUCGUGUUCGCGGAUUUCAAUGGCAACCGUCUUCGCUCUAUUCCACCCGACGAGAAACUUAACAUUCGCAGUAUAAACUUCACUGCCGACGGCACAUGUAUCUACUACAUCAGCGGGAGUACCGUCUUCGUUGUCAAUUCGUCCACGCUGCAGUAUAAAGACUACAGGAAUGAAACGCAGCAGACCCCGGACUCGCCCAUUUUCCAGUAA